AUGUCAAAGGUUGAGUGGGAGACCGUCGCGAGAGACGACGCGCGACGAAGGAUCGAGGCGCGAGCGAGCGCGAGAGAGGCGGCCGAGCGGCUCGAACGAUUGAGCGACGCGAGUGAGCUCCUAUUCAUAACGUCGUCCGACAUCGCACCGUAUUCGUCCGAGGAUACCGACGAAAGAAGCGCACGCGCGAUGGGAGCGCGCUCGCUCGACGACGUGGAUUUGCACUUUUUGACUUUAAGGAUGGAUGUAGUCGCGUCAGCGCGGAGCGCGUACACGAGUAAGCGGGCACUGGCGAAGGCGUUUACGAGCGCACCGUCCGCCGAAGCGCUCGAGCUGAGCCUGGAAGAGACGCAUCGCGCCAUCUCGAGCGCCAGCGAGGACGUGGAGGUAAACGCAGCGUCUCAAGACGAGCUUCGAUCACUGGACGAAUCCUUGCGAGCGUGCCGACGUGCGAGCGCGCGAGCUUUCAUUUGA